AGUGAAGUGUCAGGCAAGUGGCAGGACGGAUAUCCCUGUGUACACAUUCCAAGUCUCUCGUGUAAACCAUGGAAGACAAUUGGAUGUUGUCUGGACUUCUUCCAUUCACUCUCUCAGUCCACACUAUUCCCUAGAAAUCAAUUUCAGUGAAAGUGCAGUGUCCAGUUUGUUUUCAGUGAAUUUCCCGCAGCUCAAAAACGACAUCCGUGGAGAAUAAAUCGAUGACCUGAGACUAGAUGUUGGUCGAGCCUCUAUCAUUUGAGGGAAUCGCUAAAAGCUCUUUUUGACCAUCCAUUGACGGUGAAGACGCGAAAAGAACUAUAUCAAAUUGCAUUCUGUGCUAUCUACACUCUUUCUCUAUUAAUGUACAAAAAGUGGAAAAAGGAGGAGACAAUGUCUUCGAGUCCAUGGUGGACUAGUACCCUCAAUCGAACGAUUAUUUGCGUCCUCAUCAUCUGCAUCGUCUACUUCUCCUACACCUUCAACUCGUGUCUUGUCUCCAGCAUCAACCGUGCGCUACGGAGGGAAUCCGGACAAUUGGUCAAGGCACCAGAUGCCACAACAACGUCCACAACAGAGGCGCCUGAGAUGCGAAUCCUGGGCUCUAUUGUUCGAGUUGUUCCCCUGAUUCCUGGCUCAGAGUGCAAUGACUCUGAGACCUUCCCUAAAUACCGAUUUCUGCAGACACAGGGAGUUGUUCCGAGUCGACAGUUGCCGGACACGCUGAUCAUUGGGGUGAAGAAGAGCGGUACGAGGGCUUUGUUGGAAUUUGUGAGGCUGCAUCCGGAUGUGAGAGCAGCCGGAUGCGAAGUGCACUUCUUCGAUAGGCACUACGGCAAGGGAUUACACUGGUACAGACACCAUAUGCCGCCGACAAUUGAGGGACAGAUCACGAUGGAAAAGACACCAAGCUACUUCAUCACCAAGGAAGUACCCCAGAGGGUCCACCACAUGAAUCCCAACAUGAGAUUGCUGGUGGUUGUUCGAGAUCCCGUGACCAGAGCAAUAUCUGACUACACCCAAGCUGCCAGCAAAAAGAAGGGCAUGAAGAGAUUCGAGGAACUGGCCUUUGUUAACGGAUCUCUGGGAGUAGUGGACACAAAGUGGGCCCCAGUUAAGAUUGGGGUCUACUCCAAACACCUCGAAAGGUGGCUUCAGUACUUCCCACUCUCCCAGUUCCUCUUUGUCAGCGGAGAACGCCUAAUUGAGGACCCAGCUGCUGAAAUUGGUCGAGUCCAGGACUUCCUUGGACUUAAGCGAGUUGUGACUGAAAAGCAUUUCUACUUCAACGCUACCAAGGGCUUCCCAUGCCUCCUCAAGUCUGAGUCCAGUUCCAGUCCACACUGCCUGGGCAAGACUAAAGGUAGGAAUCACCCGGUGAUCGAGCAAAAUGCAAUUUCCCGCCUCCGGGAGUUCUAUCGUCCAUUUAAUAUGAAAUUCUACCAAAUCACCGGAAUCAAUUUCGGAUGGCCUUAGAGGUCCUUAAUAUCCACAGACCCAUCCGGAGUGCCAAAUAAAUUAAAACUAAAUACGUAAAAGCACAAAAGAAAAGAUAGAAAUCCAAUUGCUAUAUGGGAGAAAAUGGUAUUCCUUCAGUGUUUUUUGGAUACAUUUACAAUCGACUCCUGCUCCUUUCUCUCCAUAUAGGGACUACCUUCCCGGAAGAUGUGCAUAAAGAAGACAAUUUAGUCGUGAUACUAGGAAUCAAGUAACUGUAAUUGUACUCAUGUAUACUCAAAUGGAGGAGGAACUACAUUAUAUUGCUAAUUAGUCUCUAAGGCAUGAAGAUAAGGUUACCUUAAGUAGAAGCUAAAUGAUUAAACAGGUUUUACUGUUUAUCAUUUUUAUUCCGAAUUAAUUUACCUUCUACUUUGAGAAAAUAGGGAGAAAAUUCACUUUAGAGUAGAUUUAUAGACAUUGGGCAUAAUCCUUUUAUUUAAAUUUAAACGAAAAUAUCAGUGAGAAUGUGAGGUUAUACUGGACAUAACCUAAAAAAUAUAAAACUCCUUAGCUUCACAUUUGUUAGAAAAUUCCACAAUUUCUAUAAAUAGUCCAUA